UGGACGUGGUGGGUAAUAAACCAUUGUUACUUUCAGCCUAUAUAAUCGCAGUGGACACAGCAGCUAUUCGGAGUAAAACGUAGAGCAGUUCAUUUACGUUGCAGAUCGCACGGACUCAGUUUCCCCACUUCGCGUAGCAAUGGCUAAGACCAUACGAUUGCUUUGGGGGUCUGGAUCGCCGCCAUGUUGGCGAGUUAUGAUCGCUUUGGAGGAAAAAAAUAUUAGAGAAUACGAUAAGAAGCUGCUCUCUUUUGAUAAGAAGGAGCACAAGGCAAAAGAGACACUGGACAUUAAUCCCAGAGGAGAGCUCCCUGCUUUCAGACACGGAGACAAUGUCGUGAAUGAGUCUAUCGCAGCCUGCUUGUACCUGGAAAGUCAGUUCAAAUCUAAUGGACCCAGCCUGAUCCCAGAGAGUGCAGAAGAACAGGCCUUGAUGUACCAGCGUUCAAUUGAAAUUCUCAACGUGCAGCAGAAAACAGUUGAUGUUCUCACAUACAAUGAGCGUGUGCCAGAGGCAGAGAGACAUGAUUCGGCUGUGAAGAGAGAAAGGGAGGCUUUAAGCACGGAACUGAAGCUUUGGGAAAGUUACAUGCAUAAGGUUGGACCGUACAUGGCUGGAAAGAGCUUUUCCUUGGCAGAUGUUGUUGUUUUCCCAACAAUUGCCCUUACUUUUCGUCUUGGGUUAUCCCAUGAGAAAUAUCCCAAACUUGCUAAGUAUUAUAACCUGAUGAAGGAACGCCCUAGUGUUAAAGCCACCUGGCCCCCACACUGGCUAGAGAACCCAAAGGGCUCAGACGUGUUUAAGGAUCUGUGAAGAGACAAGGUUUUGUGUUUGGAUCUGAGACACACCAGUACUGAAGACUGAUCUGGUCUGAUGGACCGCUGAAUCUACACGCUUUUGUUUUGCACUUAACCUUCUGUAACAAGACAAUAUUUUUACUUAAUUAAGUAUAUUGGAUUAGUGCAUUGCUUUUUUUUAAAAAGUCAUUGUUUAUUGAGCUUUAGACUGCAAUAAAAGUUGGCAAAUA